GCCGCAGCACUUCCGGGUCGACGCGGAGGCGGGGCGGAGGCGCCGCGGCGGCUGUUAUUGUUCGACUGAGCUCGGCCGGGAGCUGUCUCCGUCAGCUCUGCGGGUGUCAGUUUGUCCGGCUUCCUCUCGGCCCCUCACUCCCGGCGGCUGACGGCGACGGGCUGCGGCGGGCGGGGCCUGGCGUUUCGAGGCCGAGCGGCGCCGGGGUGAGGGGCGCGGAGGAGGAGCAGUAGCAGGAGGAGGAGCCGUGUGCCCUGGCACCGAGCGGCCGCGGCCAUGGCGUACGCCUAUCUCUUCAAGUACAUCAUCAUCGGCGACACAGGUGUUGGUAAAUCAUGCUUAUUGCUACAGUUUACAGACAAGAGGUUUCAGCCAGUGCAUGACCUGACUAUCGGUGUAGAGUUUGGUGCUCGAAUGAUAACUAUUGAUGGGAAACAGAUAAAACUUCAGAUAUGGGAUACGGCAGGGCAAGAGUCCUUUCGUUCCAUCACAAGGUCAUAUUACAGAGGUGCAGCAGGGGCUUUACUAGUGUAUGAUAUUACCAGGAGAGAUACAUUCAACCACUUGACAACCUGGUUAGAGGAUGCCCGCCAGCAUUCCAAUUCCAACAUGGUCAUUAUGCUUAUUGGAAAUAAAAGUGAUUUAGAAUCUAGAAGAGAAGUAAAAAAAGAAGAAGGUGAAGCUUUUGCACGAGAACAUGGACUUAUCUUCAUGGAAACUUCUGCUAAGACUGCUUCCAAUGUAGAAGAGGCAUUUAUUAAUACAGCAAAAGAAAUUUAUGAGAAAAUCCAAGAAGGAGUCUUUGACAUUAAUAACGAGGCAAACGGCAUUAAAAUCGGCCCUCAGCACGCUGCUACUAACGCCACACACGCAGGCAAUCAGGGAGGGCAGCAGGCCGGGGGAGGCUGCUGUUGAGUCCGUUUUUACUGUUUCGCUGCCCAAAUGCGGCAACUCACUUCCUCUUUCGCGCUCUCCUCCUGCUCAGCUGAGACAUGAAACUAUUUGACAUGGUUUUAUGUCACAGGAGACUUUAAUCCUUCAAAUUCUUGUAUAACUUUGAAUAAAUGGUUACUGUUCACUUAAAAAGACAGAUUUUGCAGAUUGUAUUCAUAUCUAUUUGCAUUUGAUUUCUAGGUCAAUUGAUGUGAUUAUUUUUGUUAAAUGUUGUCUUGUGCCCUUACCUACGAACUGAACUGUAUUAAACACUACAAAGUCAUCUUGAGUAUUUUAAAUCAGUUUGUGUGGUUAGGUUUCACACCUGUGGUGACCUAAUGUUUAAUAUUCUAGAACUGUCCUCAAAAAGUUUGUCAAUUUUCAAGGCUAUAAGGAAAACCAGAAGGACUCUUUUAAUUCUGUAUUUAUCACUUACUUUCUGUAUAUACAGUUUAACCUGCUUGGGUGUAAUUUGCCAAGCUUGAAUUCUUUAAUGCAUUUGCAUAAAUUCUAUACUGUUUAGAGCUUAAAGCUACAGAAGCAUUGUUAGGAAUUGCUUGGACACUGAAUUUUAAACUUUUUGACAUUGUUAACAAGCAUGUUCAUCUUUUCUUGUCACUAGUCCAAGAAAAUAUGCUUAAUGUACAUUACUAAAAGCUAUGUAUGUGUUAACCUGUUUUAAUGCCAAAAGUUUGCUGUAUGUCCACAAUUUCUUUAAGACCUCUUCAGAAAAGGAUUUGUUUGCCUUAAUGAAUACUGUUGGGUAAAAACACAGUAUAAUGAGUGAAAUGGGCAGAAGCAAGAACUCCCUACAUCUAAGCGACUCCAAGAAGAAUGAAUGUCCACUUUUAGAUGGCACAUUAUGAGGACUUUAAUCUUUCCUUAAACACAAUAAUGUUUUCUUUUGCUUUUAUUCACAUGAUUUCUAAGUAUAUUUUUCAUGCAGGACAGUUUUUCAACCUUGAUGUACAGUGACUGUGUAAAAUUUUUCUUUCAGUGGCAACCUAUAAUCUUUAAAAUAUGGUAAGCAUCUUGUCUGUUUUGAAGGGGAUAUGACAAUAAAUCUACCAGAUGGAAAAUCCUGUCAAAAGUAGAAAAGCUUUAGUAAUUUACUCAGUGUGGUGGUUUUAUCCCUUUUUUUUUUUUCCUCUCCCUUGGUCUAUAAUGAAAUUGUUACAGCAGUGCAAAAUAAAAUCCUAUGUAUAAAA